ACAUAGAAACAAUAGUUUGCAAUUGUUUCACAGUGAUAGUGAUUAGAGAAAAUGGGUUCCAAGGCUUUGCUCGUUCUUCUUGUGCUCUUUGCUUCUGUCCUCCUUCUUUCAGCUGAUGUUGCAUCCAAAGAUGCACCCAAAGAUGUAGAUGAGGAAGUUGAUACAAGUGAUGGAAACUUUGAUACAAAUGGGGUCGAAGAAAUGAAACAUCAUAGAGGUUCGCGGCGAGGUCACGGCAGUUGGCAUCAUGGUCAUGGUGGUUGGCGGCGUGGUCACGGUGGUUGGCGGCGUGGUCACGGUGGAGGGUAUUAUUGUCCUUAUGGUUGCUGUGGUUGGAACUACUAUGGACGCUGUUGGAGGUGCUGCCAUUAUCCUGGUGAACUUGUUGAUGCUCAUAAUGAUGUUGAACCUCUCAACUAAACUAGAGCUAAAUUAGGUUCUUGUUAUCUAUACAAAUAAAACUACAUGGGACGUGUUGGUUAUCUAGUUAUGAAUAAAAUAAAAGUGAAAAUCUUUCGCUGUACUUACUAAAGGAAUGAAUAAUGGAUUUGAUA